CGAGAGGUCCAUCAAAAGGACGGUCCAGAUGGAGAGUAAUUCACCCGUCCGUCAAGGUGUCCAUGUCCGGCCCGCGUCGGAUGCCACGCAGAACGAGACUCGAACAGGACAGAGAGAAGAGCCACCCACUUCACAUGCCGCAUCGCAAGCACAUGCUAUCGCUCGUUAUAUUCCCCCUCUCAUCUAUUAUUCUCACAGCGUCAUCAUGAUCAUCAAAAAAAAAAAAAACAGUCUCACGGCAUCGAACGAUACUUAUAAAACUCCCUUCUCCCUGUCUCUUCGCUUUCAAGCCUUCAGAUCGAAGAGGAAUUAAGCCAAAAUAUUAGCAGGCUAAAGGGAAGCAAAAAGCAUGCUUUCGUUGCACACUCCGCUGGCCUUUUCAUCCCCUGCUCUCCUGAGCCACACCAAAAGCCAAGCCCCCAUCCGCAAAUCCCAUAACACCACUCUCAUUUGUCCCCAAACUCUCACCCGUCUGCCCUCCUCUGUCCUCCUCCAGAGACCCAGAGCAGCAGCAGCAGCAGCAGCAGAUGGAGAAGAUUUGAAAGAGUUGAAAGAUGGAGAAGACUCCAUUCCAGAUCAAAAUGAAGCAAAUGAAGGUAAGGAUGAUGACGACGAGGACGAGGAAGAAGAUUCCAGCUGUACCAGAAUCAUACCGGAGAUGAAUGAAUCCAAGUCCAGAACCAGUGCCUUACACCUGGCCUUGGUGUUCGGCCUGUGGUACUUCCAGAACGUAGUCUUCAACAUCUACAACAAGAAGGUGCUCGACCUCUUCCCCUACCCCUGGCUGCUCGCCUCCUUCCAGCUGCUUGUGGCCUCCCUCUGCAUGGGCUUCCUCUGGGCCUCCCGACUCCGGCCCUUCCCCCGAGUCUCCAAGAAGUUCCUCGCCGCCCUCCUCGGCCCCGCCCUCUUCCACGCCAUCGGCCACGUCUCCGCCUGCAUCACCUUCUCCAAGGUCGCCGUCUCCUUCGCCCACGUCAUCAGGACCUCCGAGCCUGUCUUCUCCGUCGUCCUCUCCGCCUUCCACGGCCGCUUCUACCCCCUCCACGUCUGGCUCUCCGUCCUCCCCAUCGUCGCCGGCUGCUCCCUCGCCGCCGCCACCGAGGUCUCCUUCGACCCCUGCGGCCUCUGGACCGCCCUCAUCUCCAACGUCGGCUUCGUCCUCUGCGGCAUCUACUCCAAGCACAGCCUCUACGAUUUCCCUCACGUCAGCGGCCUCGAUCUCUACGGCUGGAUCGCCAUCAUCUCCCUCCUUUACCUCCUCCCCGUCGCCGUCCUCGUCGAGGGAUCCCGGUUGGCGGGUGGCGUCAGGCUGGCGCUCGCCGCGGUGCCCACGCCGUGGACGUUCUGCGGGUGGCUGCUCCUCUCCGGGGUUUUCUACCACCUCCACAACCAGAAGUCUUACCGAGCGCUUCACAAGAUCGGCCCGCUGACGUUCUCGGUCGGGAAUACCAUGAAGCGGGUGGUCGUCGUCGUGGCGUCGGUGCUCGUCUUCAGGAAUCCGAUCCGGCCGCUGAAUGCUCUCGGCUCGGCGUUUGCGAUGCUCGGGACAUUCUUGUAUUCCCAGGCCACGGCGAUGGAAAGGAAGGAAAACAAAGCUGCUGCCAAGAAGAAGACCGCCUAAAUAAUUGAGUGGCUCCGUCCUGCCAUGGUGACGACCACAUCUCUUCUACAUUUCUUUUCUUGGCUUGUUUUUUUUUUUUUUUCCAUCCUAGUAUAUAAAGAGCAUGGAGAAUAACAAUA